AUGUCUGUUGUUGCCCUUGCGGCUGUAGAAGCAGUUGGUUGUGCGCUCGCCUUCCUCGGAUUUUGCACGUUGAGAAGAAGUGAGAAAUCGAGGCAGUACCUCUAUCAACACUUUCCCAGAGUUUCAAACGCAUAUUAUUGGGCGGAAGAUUCAAUCUCAUUUGGACAGCUCACUGGAACUCGUUUGCGGCUCGAAGAUCUCCGUCGUUGGACAAAACCUGACGAGGCUGAAAGCGCCCUCGAGGCAGACUAGCCCGGCACUUGUCAUUGUUUGGGAUUUCUGAACAGAGAACAUAUGCGUGAAGUUUAGAGCGAAUCUGAUAACUGGUUAGCAUUAUCCUAAUUCGAUAUGGUAAAACAGUCCGACAUUCAAGUGGCUAUUCUCGCCACUAGUCUUAUGAUAGCAACUUUAUGCUCGUAUGCCUUCGAUCGAUGGCAGAAAGAAAAACCACCACCAAAAAUCCCUGUCCAAUCUUGGGAUAAGUAUGUUGAAUUGCAGAAAAAGAGUGGGAAAGAAAUUUAGCUGCCUUAUUAUAUAGUAGGUAUCUA